AUGUGUCAAAUCAAAUUUAUUUUACCUGCUGAUGACGACAAUGUCAUAGAACUGACACGUGAUGGGCGCGUUGCCGAAAAAGACUUUUUGGAUGUCCAGGCAGACUCGAAAGUAGCAUGGGAAAGCAAUCGUAGCCCUUUUGUUGGAGCAGAAAUCGUGCGCAGAGCGAGGUCAAAAAUUGGAGGUGAACAUUGUGAUUUACUUUUGAAAAACUGUGAACACUUUGCCAAAUGGUGUCGAUAUGGUUAUGUAGAAAGUUCGCAGUCUAAGGCUGCAGUGGCAAUGGGUGCAGUAGCGUUUGCACCUUUCGCGCUGAUAGCUGCAGGGGCGGUGUUAGUAGGGGCAGUAGCAGCUGGAACAGUAACAGCAGCAGCAUCAGUUGCAGCAGCAACUCUCGGCUCUAGCAGUCCCACUGUCUCUUCUAACCAGUCAAAGGAGGGAAGACCAAGACGACGGAAAUCCGACUAUAAGAAAUAUUAUUUUGGAGUGUUCACUUUUUCGUGAGGUUAAAGUCAUCGUGCACCCGACUUAUAAUACCCAUCGUUACAAAAACAAUAAAACGUUACCAAUGUGACUCAUAAGUGAUCAUAACGAGAGUAGAGAAAUAUUUUUCUGAGAAACACUUCACAAUGAAUCAAGGACAUUCCAUUAAAAUUAAUAGAAUUUCGAAGAUAAAUUGAGAUUCGAGAAAGAAAGAAUAGCAAAAGAAAGGAAUUAUUUUCAAAACUGCAGUUUGAUCCUAGUCAAGGCUCUCAAUUUUCAUUAUGUUCACUGUACUGUCAAUGCACGUGUAGUUUUAUUUAGUUUAAUUUUUAUUCUUGUUAGAUAUAUUAUGUACUAUUUUGAGUUAAUAAUUUGUUUGUAGACGUGUGGUUUGUAUAUUUGUCUAUUCUUCAAUCCGUUUCUAUUUAGUUUAAUUCUUUUUUAUUAUUAGAUAUAUGUACUAAUAAGUUAAUAAUUAAUUUGUAAACUUGUGUAGGUGUAGUUUGUGUAUUUAUUUAGUGUUUUAUGAUCAUUAUUCUUGUCAGGGUUUCUGCCAGAG